AUGGCCCUGCUUCACGUCAAGCUGACGCUAUCUCGAAUAGCCAAAUCGACCCCUGAUUUCCCAUCACUAUCGAAACCAAGCGGGGCGGUGGCAUUUGGAGGCGACGCUGCCUCGAAUCAUCCCAAAAAAGUCACCAGGUGGGUGUCGAAAAACGACCUACGAAGAUGGCGGCCGCAUCUCCACAACUAUCAAACCCAGGUAUAUCAGAACUUUCUAAGACCGUUGAACAUAGAGAACUUGAAGGUCUACAACGAAGUCAAACAUUUCGAUAGUCAAAAGGCUCGGCUCAACUGGCAACGACAGCAGUCGAUGCUGGCAAAACAACAGUUCAAAAACUACUUGGAUGAAAAGACCCGAUACGAAUCCGUCGUUCAAACGAUGAUAAAGGGAACUCCUAAUCAUCUCAAGGGUAUUGCUGACCUGCCGAGUAGGGUCGCGGCUGCCCUCGCUGAGCAUGAGCAAAACCGGGGACCCCACACACAACAGCUGUUUGAAGAGCUUCCAAAAAUGCCACAAGCAUUCACCUCAGAGACCUUUCGAGACUACAUUUCGUCACUUUGCCGUACCACAUACCACUAUCGCAACCUGCUGUCGUUACUGCUGGGCCUUGUGCCUGAUAUUCUCCUAUGGACUCAUGAUCUUUCCAAUCCCAAGUUUCGCCCCUACCGGCUGGUUCAUACUUAUAAUGAGCUUAUUUACUGGUUUGGGCGCAAAAAUCAAAGUCUGUUUGCUCGUCAAUUGCUUCUCGUCAUGACACAUGAUGGUCAUUCACCUAAUACCGACACCAUUAACCAUCUUUUGCGAUUGGCAGCAAACCACAGUCAUGGGCGAGCAACAACAUCAACUCUAAGCAUUCUCAAGCGAAGUAUUGGCUUCGCCGUCCACAUGGGAAUUCCACUUAACUUGGACACUUACGCACGUGUUUACGAUGCAACAACCAAUAUCUUUUUACGUGAGUACCUUUUGGCACAAAUGAAUGCUGCUGGCAUUCCACUUACACCUGGGCUUGUUCUCAGGAUUGUUGACGAUUAUGCGAAGACCACAACAAACACAAAUGAUCUCAUAAGAUUCAUUGAACAUGACCUUAAGCGGACCAAUUGGCAACAAGAAAACGGCUUAUUCAAUAAGGUGAUCUUCCACAAGUCGUUGCAUCAACCUCAUCACUUGCCUCAAUUAUUAGAGGGCGUCACUCCAGACUCCUACACUCUCAAACUGAUUAUCGAGGGUAUAAAUGAUCGGCAGGGGGUAAAGGCAUCGAUGAUGUUGUAUUGGUACUUCAAGAUGACGGAAACGACCCCCGCCAUGCAUCCAUACAUCUACGCUAAACUCAUCAACGCCGUCAAUCAAGAAGGCGAAAAUAUUAUACCUACAGCAAUGGUGAUCAUCAAUGGCUUGUUAAGUGACAUGAAACUGGCAUUCAAUUGUUCAUCGGAAACAACAACGCUUUUGAACGUGCUUGGGAAACCUAUGUUCAACAUAGCGGCCAAGGUUCGAGUUUUGGGUCGUGACCUCAAUGAGACGACCGAGAGCGAAUCGAGACAGUGGCAACUUUUGAGGCAACACUACAAUGAACUUGGGGACCAACCAAUAGAGUUACCCAAGGCAUUGGCGAAUGUAAUCGAAGUCACAGAAGGGAGUGUUUCUUCGAAGCCUGUCAAACAACAAAUGCACAUCCACCAAACGCGUGGGUUGGCAGCAAGAGAUCGUAUUCGAAUCCAAAAGGCCCAAGAGGGUCUUCAUGCAUACACGGAGAGAAGUCUCAUUGAAAGAGGCCUACUUAAUCAUUCAUAG